AUGGCCAUCUCCUCCUUCCUCUCCGUUCGCAAGCGCCCAAUCGUCGUCGUCAUCGCCGUCACCCUCUUCAUUUUCCUAUCCUCUCUCUUCCUCUUCUUCAGCCCCGGACCGUCGGCGCUCCCAUUUUUCUCCUCCUCAUCCUCACACCUCUCCUCUCAAGUCUCAAUUCCCGUCUCCUCUAACGCAUCUUCACCCGAAACCCCAACCUCUGUUGCCUCCAACGGGGGCAGCAGCAGCACUUCUGCUGAUCGCGUCUCCGCUGACGCAUCUCCGCCCGGAACCGGAACCGCCAUCGCGUCUGAUGCGGUCAGCAACAGCACCGCUGACCCGCCUCGGCCAGACGCCACCGCCGCUGCCGGUGCUGGUGACGCGGAGGCUGACGUGGCCCAACCAGAUCACGGCAUGCCCCCUGUCGCCACUGAAGCGAGUGGAUCGGCAGGCAACGGUGAUACAACCGCGGGAGUCUCGAGCGAGCGAGAUGAGGAGGGGCAAGGCGGCGGCGGCGCCGUGGAGGAGCCGGUGGAGCUGCCGUCGUGGGAGCUGUGCAAGGUGGGGAAUGGGGUGGAGGCCGCGGACUACAUCCCCUGCCUCGACAACGUGAAGGCGAUCAAUGCACUCAAGUCGCGGCGGCACAUGGAGCAUCGGGAGAGGCACUGCCCGACGGAGCCGAUACCGAGGUGCCUCGUGCCGCUGCCCGAGAGGUACCGGCGUCCGGUGCCGUGGCCGCGCAGCCGUGACAUGAUUUGGUAUAACAAUGUUCCUCACCCAAAGUUAGUGGAAUACAAGAAGGACCAGAACUGGGUCAGGAAGUCUGAUAACUAUUUUGUUUUCCCUGGAGGUGGGACUCAAUUCAAAAAUGGCGUGACCGCAUACAUUCGAUUCAUUGAACAGAUUUUACCAAACAUUCAAUGGGGAAUCCAUACAAGAACUGUCCUGGAUGUUGGAUGUGGUGUUGCUAGCUUUGGUGGAUACUUGCUUGACAGGAAUGUUAUUACCAUGUCCUUUGCACCCAAAGAUGAGCAUGAAGCUCAGAUUCAGUUUGCACUGGAGCGUGGGAUUCCAGCGUUUUUGGCAGUGAUUGGAACACAAAAGCUUCCUUUCCCUGAUAAUUCAUUUGAUGUCAUCCACUGUGCAAGGUGUAGGGUCCACUGGUAUGCUGAUGGUGGAAAACCAUUGUUGGAGCUCAAUAGAGUACUCAGGCCUGGAGGAUAUUACAUUUGGUCUGCAACACCUGUCUAUCGCAAAGACCCAAGAGAUGUAGAUGAUUGGAAUGCGGUGGUUGCUCUGACCAAAUCGAUCUGCUGGAGGACAGUGGUAAAGUCUCGAGAUAGCAAUAAGAUCGGAGUUGUUAUAUACCAAAAGCCGACAUCAAAUUCAUGCUACCUUGAGAGAAAAAAUAACGAACCGCCUCUGUGCUCUGAGAGUGAUCGAUCACGUUUCCCUUGGUAUAAACCUCUCGAUAGUUGCCUCUUUCCCGCAGUUCCAAGUUCUGGUGGAGGAAGUAGCUGGCCCAUCUCGUGGCCUGAAAGACUUAAUAUGAAGCACUCGACUACAUCUAACAAUUCUUCCAUUCAGUUUCCUCAAGAAAAAAAUGAUUCUGAUACAAAUUACUGGAAGGACCUUGUUUCAGAAGUAUAUCUCAAUGAAUUUGCAGUUAAUUGGUCUAGUGUUCGCAAUGUUAUGGACAUGAAUGCGGGUUUUGGAGGAUUUGCAGCAUCAAUUAUUGAUCUACCGUUGUGGGUUAUGAAUGUUGUACCUGUUGAUCAGCCAGAUACAUUGCACAUCAUUUUCAACAGAGGUCUGAUUGGGGUAUAUCAUGACUGGUGUGAAUCUUUUAAUACAUACCCACGGACUUAUGAUCUUCUUCACAUGAGUUAUCUCUUAGGGCCCCUUACGAAAAGGUGCCACAUCAUUGAAGUUGCAGCUGAAAUUGACAGAGUACUUAGACCUGGUAGAUGGUUUGUGCUGCAAGACACUAUAGACGUGAUAAGAAAGAUGGACCCUGUUCUCAGGUCUUUGCAUUACAAGACUACGAUUGUCAAACAUCAAUUUCUUGUUGCCACCAAGGGUUUCUGGCAUCCUGGCAGUACAGGUUCUAAUUCAUGA